GUUGAACAAAAUAAAAAUUUGGAGUAGCAGCAAAUGCUAAUAAUAGCUUCUGCACUAAAACCCCAACUCCACUCUCUCCCCUUUAAACUCUAAACCCUACAUCCUCGUUACCGGUAUAUCUCCCUCUUUCAAUGAUUCAAGCUUAGUGUUCUUCCCGAUUUUCCGUUCAGAUUCUUCACUAAUUCAAUUGCAUUCGUAUUCUCUUCAUCGAGCACUGAAACUGCGGUGAGAGAAGAUGGGAAGGAAAUCAUUAGUGGGAAUGGAGGUGCCAUUUAUUGGCAGUGAUUCAGUUAAGUGGGUUGAGGCAUCGGUCCCCGAUACGUUUGCUUCUGCUUCCGGUUUGCGGUCUGUAGCUCCUCCUACCGAAGAUUGUGCCUCCUGUUCUAUUAUUGGGACUCCUCCAACCUAUCUUAUUUGGCGUAUUUGUGAGAGACUGCCUCAUGCUAUUGAAAUACUGGAGCUUAAUGCUGAUAAAGACACCCCAAGGGUCGGUUUGCGUGUCCUUUUCCCGGAGGCGUUGUCUUCUUUUGCUUAUAUAUGCAAGAAUGAGAUAAAUUCUGCUUAUGGCGAUGUGUAUCUGCUGUACGUCUUGUCAAUCUCCGGCACUGCUUACCUUCUUCGACUCAAGAAUAUCUCUGCUUAUGCUGUCUCUUUCAUUUUCUCAUCUAAUGAGAUUCUGCACUUUGAUACAAAUCUCUCCCCUGACUGCUCACCCAUUACUGCUGCCACUGCAACAACUGGUUGUUUUAUUAUUGGGAGAGAUGAUGGAUCAGUCAGUUGUUUCAAACUUGGUGUGCUUGACGAAAAUGCUCCAGGUUUCAUGUACGAGUUGCGUGAUGAGGCAGCUUUAAGUCGCUUGUGGGGUCUAAUGUCCAGAAGCAGGUUAGCUGGGUCAGUGAGGGAUUUAGUGGUUUCUGAUAUUCAUGGCAGAAAGGUUGUGUUUGUGCUCCAUUCUGAUGGAUGUCUGCGAGUAUGGGAUCUUCACCGUCAUGGCAAGAUUUUUAGUCAAUCUUUAAGUAGUCCAGGAAGUACUUUCUUACGGCUGUGGGUUGGUCCUGUUGAUGUUGAUGCGCUUACAAUCCCUCUGGCGAUUAUGUACACACAAUCCAUGGGAGUGAACACACAGGGAAUUGGGAUCUGUAACCUCAACAUCUCCUUAGGAGAGAGGUAUAUUUUGUCACUUGGUUCAUCAAUGCAGUAUAUCCGUUUGUAUCAGGGGAAGUUGAUUGAUGUAAAAUUUUCAUCAAAGAAGAUAUGGGUUCUAAAGGAAGAUGGGUUGCUGGAACAAGACUUGACUUCUCUAAAUAUUGACGCGGAGAAGGGUCAGUGUUACUCCCUGCAGGAAUCCUUCAUUGCAGAGCAAAUGUUUCAGAGUUCUGAGCAUUCCCUGGAUGAUCUUUACCAAACCACCUGCUCAAUAUUUUCUUCUUCAAAGGCACAAAUCAUUGGAUUCGUUUCAUCUAUAUUCUUACGCAGGCUACUGCAUCCAGGGGUGUUUAAUAGUAGCGUCUUGCGUUUGACAUUAGAAGAUUAUGACAAACGCUGGACCGAUAUUGAAUUUCAGGCCUUGACCAUCGAUGAAUUGAGCAGGGAAAUCCUGUUGCUGAUUGAACACGAGGCCAUCAGCAGAACUUCAUUUUCAGCUUUUAAAUGCUGGAAAGAAUUUUGUUCACGGUACUUUGAUCGAUGGUGCAAGAGCAAUACAGCGCUAAGUUUGCUUGUUGAUUCAACCAGUGGAGCCGUUGGAUUGAUCAGAGAAAAUGGUGUUUCUCUAUUUCGUUCUCUACAGGAUAUCGAGCUGCUUGUGUAUGGAAAUUUUGAAGAGCUCAAAGAUUUUCCUAAGUUUGGGUUUGAUGUGUCUAGCAAUGGUCUUGAGCGUGAGAUAUUGUUUGAAGUGCUGCGCUGCUCCAGGCUUUUAAGUGGACGAUUAGGCCCAGCUAUUUCACCUAUUUUCUAUGAAUCAGUAGUUGGUGUAUCAAGUAUCUCUUCUGAGGAUAUAGUGCCUCGCUUGCUGAAUUCUGUCAAAUGUGGUCAUAAUGCAUCUGAUGCAGUGUCAAAUGUAUCAGAUAUAGGAGCUGAUGUUCUUCGAAAAAAGGAGCUUUCAGAGCACAAAAGUUUAAGGAAAUUCACCAUGAAUACUCUAAUAUCAAUUCAUGGUUUGUGUGAUAAAGCUAGUGGAUGGGGCAGAAUUUUGAAUGUUAUAGAGAGCUAUUUAAAUCUUAUAGUACCUCGUAAGCCCACAGAAAAGAUGGAUUCAGAUUUGGUGUUGAGUGCCAAUGUAUCCAUCAUAGUUCAGGCGACCUCCCAAGUUGCUGAAAUGAUGUUCGAGUCCGCGUUGAAUGUACUUCUGUUCUUAACUUACCUUUUGGACAUCAGUGGCCAGGUUCAUAUGCAGCCUGAUGAUAUAUCUAAAAUUCAGCUUGAACUUAUUCCUAUGAUCCAUGAAUCAAUUGCUGAGUGGCUUAUCAUCCAUUUCCUGACUACGAUGCCAUCAAAAUCUUAUUCAGCCGAAGAUUUCAGCUCUCAGUUAUCGUCUUUGAAGAUAGAUAACGACACUGGUAAAAGAUUAUGGACUGCAAAGCUUGGUUCAAUUGACUUCACCCUGGCCUAUAUUUUGGUAUUGGAUGCACAGGGUUCAUCUGAAGGGUGGAAUUCUCAGUAUCUGAGUGAUCUUCCUAAUCCAGGAAGCUUCAUUGAUUUAGUUCAGCAUUUCAGUGGUUGGCUAGUUUGGGGCACGUCUGCUGAAACGCCUUUAUAUGUUUUUGGGCAUUCAACUGAGAUUGCGUUGAGCCUACUGAGACAUGGCCAGUAUAAUGCCGCUGAGAAUUUGCUCAUGAUCUUGGAUGCCCACUGGAGAAAUGAGAAGUCAUCUGUAAGUUAUCAAAACAGUGAUGGCCAGUGGUGUGUGCUCCAUCAUCUUCGAGGAUGUUCACUUCUUGCUCAGGCUCAAUGUGGACCAUGUGGAGGUUCAAAGGAGAAAAAAGUUUGUGAAGCCAUGAGAUGCUUCUUUAGGGCUUCAUCUGGAGAAGGUGCCGCUCAUGCACUGCAGAAAUUGCCAAAUGAGGCUGGAUUGUCACAUUUGGAUGAAUGUGUAUCUGCUGCAGCAUGGAAGCUUCAUUAUUAUCAAUGGGUUAUGCAGAAAUUUGAGCAAUAUAAUAUCAGUGAUGUCGCUUGUCAGUUUGCUCUGGCUGCUCUUGAGCAGGUAGAUGAAGCUGUUGUUCCUGAUGGUAAUGCUACCAACGUCAUUUUCGCUAAUGAAUCUGCAACUGCUAUUAAGGGGAGGCUAUGGGCAAAUGUUUUUAAGUUUGCCUUGGACCUCGAUCAGUACUAUGAUGCAUACUGUGCACUAGUUUCAAAUCCUGAUGACGAGAACCGAUUUAUAUGCUUGAGGCGAUUUAUAAUAGUUUUGUAUGAACGUGGUGCAACAAAGAUUCUCUGUGACAGCCAUCUUCCCUUUAUUGGUUUAAAUGAUAAGGCUGAGCAAGAGCUGGCUUGGAAGGCAGCAUGCUCAGAUAUAUCAGCGAGGCCAAACCCUUACAAGCUGCUCUAUGCAUUUGAGAUGCAUCAACAAAAUUGGCGAAAGGCAGCAACGUACAUAUAUUUAUAUUCUGCUCAGUUGAAAAAUGAAAUGACACUGAAAAGUCACCAGAACACUUCACUUGCUAUUCAAGAAAGGCUGAAUGGAAUUUCCGCUGCUAUAAAUUGUCUGCAUCUUGUGCAUCCUUUAUAUGCCUGGAUUGAUUAUCAGAUUGGCCGAAGUCAUUUGCAAAGUGCUUCUCAUCCAUCUAAGAAGGCUAGGACAGAGGAAGAACAAUAUGGAAUUAAUGUCCAGGCUCAAACCCAGGACUCAUACAUUGGUAUUGAGAAACUUGAAGAUGAGUUUGUGGUGACAUCUGCUGAAUAUGUGCUUUCCCUGGCAAAUGUUAGUUGGACGCGUACGGGAAAUGGAAAUGUGCCCUCAGAUCUAGUCAACCUUUUAGUUGACACAAGUUUGUACGACAUGGCAUUUACAGUUGUGCUGCGGUUUUGGAAGGAUUCUGCAUUAAAAAGGGAACUUGAAAGAGUCUUCUCUGCAAUGUCCCUGAAAUGCUGCCCAAAUAAAGCCAGUUCUCCAAUGGUUGGAUCAUCUGGUCUUUUACUAACAUAUUCGACGGAUGAAAUGAUGUUUAAUGAACCAUUUAAUGUGGACACUCAACAAACAAAAAGCAGUCAGUGGGAAGUGCUUCAGCAAUAUCUGGAGAAGUACAAAGGAUGUCAUGGAAGACUACCUAUAGUAGUUGCAGAAACUCUCCUGCGCUCUGAUUCUCAGAUUGAAUUGCCUCUUUGGUUGGUAAAUAUGUUCAAGGGUGCACGGAGAGAAAAAAGUGGGAUGACUGGCCAUGAAUUAAAUCCUGCUACUCUUUUUAGAUUAUAUGUUGAUUAUGGAAGAUAUCCAGAGGCUACAGAACUGUUGGUUGAGUAUGUAGAGGACUAUGCUUUAGUGAGACCAUCUGGCAUAAUCCAUCGGAAAAGACCCUUUGCGACGUGGUUCCCUUACACAUCAAUUGAACGCCUUUGGUGUCACCUUGAAGAAUCAAUACGUGUAGGUCAUAUGGCUGAUCAGUGUGAAAAAUUAAAAGCUCUUUUGCGUGGAGCUUUACGGAGCCAUCUCAUCCUGUUGAAAACCGACUCAGAGGAUGCUGUUUCUUCUUUUGCUUAAGAAGAUAUCAGUUGCAAUUGACUUGAUAUGGCAUGAUAUAUCAGGAUGUGCAGAGGUGGGCACUCAUUUUAUAGUUUAUUCUGAUGAGAAAGGAGCCUUAUUUCGUUGCAGAAGUUGCUUUGACUUCUGCAUAUCUUUACCGAUUGAUGAUCGGGGAACUGCGAUGUAAUAUGUUCAGCGUGCUUGUGUUUAAUGAGAUCUUUCCAUGUAAAGAAGCCAGCAUUCUCACUUUCUGCAGCAUAUCCAUUGCCAAAUUAGAAGCAAAACAGUGAAGGGGCUUAGCAUUACACUGAGAUUUGAAAGGAUCCUGUUUUCUCUCAAAUACUGACGAGUGAAACUCGAUGAUUUAGCCUGAUUGCAAGCAUUUUGUCCUCUCUCUACAGUAAUCAGAGUUGCAAAGGAUGGCUUAGCAGCUAGAUUGUCUGCAGAAUGUAGCUGUGUAAAUGCAAAUUUAGCGCAUAGCAACUGCCAACAUGUGCAUUCAUUAGGAGAAUAUCAUAGCUAAGUUUGUGGCCUCUGUUGAGAUUGUUACUACAUUUACUCGGCAUUAUCCGAUAUGUUUGUUAGUUUAGGCCAGAAAGAAAUGUAAAUGUAAAUGUUAAUUUGUAUUUAUUCAGCGCAUUACACAUCACUUGUAUUUA